AUGACUGACUUCAAAUGUUACCCAUAUCGAGUGAACAUGUGUUUGAACCUCCCACUCCACAGCCCUCCACUCCACAGCCCCCCCACUCCACAGCCCUCUACUCCACAGCCCUCCACUCCACAGCCCUCCACUCCACAGCCCCCCACUCCACAGCCCCCCACUCCACAGCCCCCCACUCCACAGCCCUCCACUCUCCCCUCCACAUAUCCUUCCUCAGCCUCUUCCCCAUCCACCGCCCGCCCCCAAGUCCCCUCGGCAGCUUCCCCCCAACAGUCACCUUCACACCCCUUCAUCCAGAAACAACAGCCCCCCCCCCCCCUCCCCUCCAACGGCCUCCCGGAACACCAGAGGCGGCGCCACAAAAGAAUCUCCGCCCGGCCUCUCGAGGGACGCGAGCCUCUUACGUAA